AUGGGUAUCGAGAACUUCUUGUUCUUGAUGGUGGUGACGUUAGCUUUACUGUGGAAUGGAGAAGCCUCACUGAGCUGUGCCUGGACUCCUAGUAUCACCGUAGCUCAAGACGAUAGCAGCGACCACCUAGCGAUCAACGACGCACUACAAAAACUUCAGAGUCGUGAUCCACGUAAAAGCAGGUCUUUAUAUGGAAAAUGUGGUUGUGUAGGAGAAGAAAUACAACAUUGUAAUGAUCGGUGA